UUAUAAACAUGCAUCGAUCAAAAUCGUAAUAAAUUUUAACAUGGUAAACAGGAUUGAUAGAUACUGAGAACGCUGAAAACAGAUCAAAAUUUAUCGCACCAUGGAAGCCAAAACAGUGGUGAAAAUACUGAAUGAUCUGGUAGCAAUAAAAAUAGAAGAUCUUAAUAUCAAGCAAUUGCUAACUAUUCUGGAAGCAGUAAAACAGGAGCAGGACUUCUCGGACAGCAAUGAUGCUGAUUGUUUAUGGAAGAUGUCAGUUCAAUUUCUACAUAUUCAGCAAAGUUUCGUAUCUAAUUAUGCAGUACAACGAGAAACCCCCAACGACCAAGGCACACCAGAAGGAGAUCUAAUCAAUCUUCCAGAGCAACUGAUAUUUCUGCAAGCAGUGGAUCGUAUUCGACAAUUUACUCUGAAUUUGUACCUGCCUCAGGAGCUGAGAGGACUAACCAAAUGCGAUUUGAAAAUGAUUAUUCAGUUGGAGAGUGCUGAACGAAUUAGACGGCUGGAAUAUUGCGUAGAAGCUUUCCGGAAGUUGUUUGAAUCCAAAAUCGUAGCUAUCCAAACGCAACUAGAAAACUGCAUUCUGGAAUACAUCGCCGGAGUAUUCAGUUAUUACUUUCUUCUGGGAGAUUUCUCCGAAAUGCGGGAAAGCAUGGCCUUCAAGGGAAUUGGAAUGUUUUCGGUGGAUCAAAUUUUUAAAAGUUUAUUGAUCAUUAAAGGGAUUCCAAAGCUGCCUGCAGAGUUAUCAAAACAAACACACUUGGAGCUACUCAGGUUAACCGGGGAACCAGGAGGUUUACCAGUCCUAUGCAGAACACUUCUAGCUAACGUCCCUACGGACGAAGCACCCACAUGGAAGAAGAGUGAAAUUAUCGCAAAGAUUGUCGCUAGCAAAGGUCACACCAAGAAAUUCUACCGGCAGGUUCUUCGAGAUGUGUUUGUACUUUAUGAGACUUCUUUGUUCAGCAACGAACAGGAAGAGAAUCUUCCCUACGCGACUACUUGUGUUGAAUGCAUGCGACAACUAUAUUUGCUUCCUCCCGCUUAUCAGGAACUUCGGGACACAAUUGACAAUUAUUUCGUAGGAUGGGUUGAUCAAAUGACAGAGCCAGAAGAAAUGUUGAAUGGAUCAAUUGUGCUGGAACGUUCCGAGUUGGUGAAGGCUCUUUACAUAAACUAUAUGGCUUUUAGUGGUUCUUCAUGUAGCUCUGUGAGCUCGUCGAUUUUAACCGCCUCACUCCAUAUUUUUCUCCAGUUGUAUUCAAUGAUUCCCACCGGAGCAGAGGAACGGAAGUACUUGCAAACAUUGAUCGUAUUUUGUUUGUCGAAUAGAGGGAAAAAUGAACUGGAACGGAUUUUACAAGAAUUGUUUCUUGGAAAUAAAAACAGUAAUUCAAUGAAGAAAAUCCACUCAAGAAUCUGUGUGAAAGAAGCGCCAGAAGGCGGAACCUAUUCACUGCAGGUUGGACCACCAUCGGAAGAUGACGAACAUAUGGUGGCCCCAACGUUAGUCGAUAUUUUGAAAGAGUCAAACAGAAAUCUUCUUAUCUACGAUGUGUUUGUUCUUCUAUUGAAGUUAUUAGAACAAACUAGUUCGGAAAUAAAUCGAAACGUGCUGUUCGAUGCUGAAGAACAAGAUGCGUUUAAGUGUAACACAUUCUACCAAAAAUACCUCCUCAUUCAGGCUCUUAUGGAUCUCGUUAGUCACAAGCAUCUGCACAAUCAAAUGUAUGAAAACCCUACGGAAAUAUUGGCGUUCAUUAAAUCCUUCGUAAUCAAAAGCAUCGAUGGAGUGCAAGUGAACCACAAUUUAUUAGAGAUAAUCCUCUCGUUGUUUCAAGAACUUUUGCAACGGUUACAGACUAACGACGAUGUACAAGAAAUUAUGAAAUUGUUGAUCCGAUUCAAAAAUUCUACAUAUUGCAACGACCAACUGAGCGCACAAAUUGACUUUAUUUGCAAUGGAAGCAAACUCAAACAUGAUUCCGAACAAAGCCCGUACCAGAAUGCAUUCAGCCUAUGCUCCGACAAGGAACCGUAUUGCAAAGUGUAUGGUACCACGUUGAUGAUUGGUUUGCUGAAGAAACGUGAUCAGGAAAGCCUUAUUCAGAAACACGCGGUUCUGAUUCUGGCGUUGAACAAUUUGCGAAACGUGGAGAGCUACGCCUUCCUGAACUCGGUGCGGCUGCUGGUGGCACUAUGUGAUGUGCUGGAAGCGGAUACGAUCGAAGGCCUAAUAAAGGAAUAUCAGUGCACCGAUAACGAUGUGGAUUACCGUUUGAAGGUGGGAGAAGCAACCAUUAAAACGGUGGAAGCUAUUGGGCCCAUUGCUUUCAAAUAUAGAGAGCAGCUAAUCAACUGUUUUCUGCAUGAAUGUAAAAGUCCUAUUGAUGAAUUACGAGCGUCAAGUCUUGCUAAUUUAGGCAACGUUUGCAAGAUUCUGUCCUAUCAGGUGCACACAUUCUUUUAUGAGAUGUUCCUAGUUGUGAAAUCCACCGUCGAGACAGAUUGCUACCUACCUGCUCGCCGAGCCGCCAUUCUGGUACUCUCUCAACUGAUCGAAGGAAUGGACAAUCUUCUGGAUUAUCAAGAAUAUCUUUCCUCAAUUUAUCGAUUCCUAAAGUAUAUCACCGAAUCGGAGAAAGAUGACGUGACUCGGUUGCAAGCUGCUGUCGGUCUCGAUCACCUGAAGGUAAAGACGAAAGACUUUUUGAAUGUCGCCAAUACUGCGAUGGCUGUUGGCAAACUCGAGAAGGAGAUUCGGAUAUUCGGAAUCAAGGAGCAGGAAGCGGCAGAACGACGUCGAAACACACGAGGAAGUGAAACUAUUCUUACGAAAAUGUUAGACUAAAAAUGUUUAUUACAAAGUUUGAUUUUCUUGUUCUUACGUACAUCAUA